CUGGCGGCGGCCACUCGCUGAGGAUGGAGGCGGCGGGGAGCACACCUGGCCAGGACGAAUAUGCAGAGGACAGCUCUGAUGAGGAGGACAUCCGGAAUACAGUGGGCAAUGUGCCGCUCGAGUGGUACGCGGACUUCCCCCACGUGGGCUAUGACUUGGAUGGCCACCGCAUCUACAAACCCUUGCGCACCCGUGAUGAGCUGGACCAGUUUCUGGACAAGAUGGACGACCCCGACUACUGGCGGACAGUGCAGCAUCGGUCCACGGGGCAGGAUGUGCGGCUGACGGAUGAGCAGGUGGCCUUGGUGCGACGACUGCAGAGGGGCCAGUUUGGUGAUGUGGGCUUCGAGCCUUAUGAGCCAGCCGUGGACUUCUUCAGCGGGGACAUCAUGAUCCACCCUGUGACCAACCGCCCUGCUGACAAACGCAGCUUCAUCCCCUCGCUCGUGGAGAAAGAGAAGGUCUCCCGCAUGGUACAUGCCAUCAAGAUGGGUUGGAUCCAGCCACGCCGACCCCGAGACACAGCCCCCAGCUACUACGACCUCUGGGCCCAGGAGGACCCCAGUGCCAUCCUGGGACGCCACAAGAUGCACGUGCCUGCCCCCAAGCUGGCCUUGCCUGGCCACGCGGAGUCCUAUAACCCCCCUCCCGAGUACCUGCUCAGCGAGGAGGAGCACCUGGCCUGGGAGCAGCAGGAUCCCAGUGAGAGGAAGCUCCCCUUCCUGCCCCACAAGUUCCAGAGUCUGCGGGCUGUGCCAGCCUACGGCCGCUUCAUCCAGGAGCGCUUCGAGCGCUGCCUCGACCUCUACUUGUGUCCCCGGCAGCGCAAGAUGCGGGUGAACGUGGACCCCGAAGACCUCAUACCCAAACUGCCUCAGCCACGUGAUCUGCAGCCCUUCCCCACCUGCCAAGCACUGAUCUAUAAGGGCCACAGUGAACUGGUUCGGUGCCUCAGUGUCUCCCCUGGGGGCCAGUGGCUGGCUUCAGGCUCAGAUGACGGGUCGGUGCGGCUCUGGGAGGUGGCCACCGCACGCUGCAUGAGGACUGUGCCCUUGGGGGCUGUGGUCAGGAGUGUCGCCUGGAAUCCUAACCCUGCCAUCUGCCUGGUGGCUGUGGCUGUGGAGGAUGCCGUGGUGCUGCUGAAUCCAGCCCUGGGGGACCGGCUGGUGGUAAGCAGCACUGACCAGCUGCUGGCUGCCUACAGCCCUCCUGAGGAACAGGCCGUGCAGCCGACCCAUUGGCUGGAGGCCACGACAGAGGAGCGCCAGGGAGGCUUGCGGCUGCGCAUCUGCCACAGCAAGCCAGUGACGCAGGUGGCCUGGCAUGGUCGUGGGGACUACCUGGCCGUGGUGCUGGCCACACCAGGGCACACACAGGUGCUGAUCCACCAGGUAAGCCGGCGCCGCAGCCAGAGCCCCUUCCGCCGCAGCCACGGGCAGGUGCAGUGCGUGGCCUUCCACCCAGCAAGGCCCUUCCUGCUCGUGGCCUCCCAGCGCAGCGUCCGCCUCUACCACCUGCUGCGCCAGGAACUCACCAAGAAGCUGAUGCCAAAUUGCAAGUGGGUGUCCAGCCUCGCUGUGCACCCAGGAGGGGACAACGUCAUCUGUGGGAGCUACGACAGCAAGCUGGUCUGGUUUGACCUGGACCUCUCGACCAAACCCUACAAAGUGCUAAGGCACCACAAGAAGGCCCUACGGUCUGUGGCCUUCCACCCCCGGUACCCUCUCUUCGCAUCAGGCUCUGAUGAUGGCAGUGUCAUCGUCUGCCACGGCAUGGUGUACAAUGAUCUACUACAGAACCCACUGCUGGUGCCGGUGAAGGUGCUUAAAGGCCACGUGCUGACCCGUGGUCUGGGUGUGCUUGACGUGGCCUUCCACCCCACCCAGCCCUGGCUGAUCUCCGCGGGCGCUGACGGCACACUCCGCCUCUUCACCUAGCCCCGAGCGGCCCCCUCCUGGGACCCUCAAUACAGCUCUCUGUACCCUUCA